CUUCAAAUACACUCUUUCUUUCUUUUACCUGACCCAGUGGAACUUUACUGCAAGGGGACUUCUAGCAUUUCAAACCUUUUUGUUUGGGUUCUGGUAACUACGUAAGGGUUCAUCAAUGGCAGGACGAGGCAAAACCCUAGGAUCCAGCGCUGCUAAGAAGGCCACCUCCAGGAGCAGCAAAGCUGGUCUUCAAUUUCCGGUCGGUCGUAUAGCCAGAUUUCUCAAGGCCGGCAAGUAUGCUGAGCGUGUUGGUGCUGGUGCUCCUGUCUACCUCGCAGCCGUCCUUGAGUAUCUUGCUGCUGAGGUUCUUGAGUUGGCUGGAAAUGCUGCAAGAGAUAACAAAAAGACGAGGAUUGUUCCUCGCCACAUUCAAUUGGCGGUGAGGAACGAUGAAGAGUUGAGCAAGCUUCUUGGCGAUGUCACCAUUGCAAACGGUGGUGUUAUGCCUAACAUUCACAAUCUCCUGCUUCCCAAGAAAGCUGGGGCUUCAUCAAAGAGUGGUGGAGCUGACGACGACUCUUAAAUCUGCCUUUGUUUUUAAAAAAAAAACCUUAAUUUUAUUCGAUCUUGACUCUCUGUUUCGUAGGUUUUUGAUCUUCUUGAUUUGUAAUUGUAGUUAGAGUCUCUGUCAGGAAUGUUGUUUAUAGAGAACGCUGUGAUGCUAGAAGAAAGAUGGAUGUAAUUGUGGGUUUCCCGUUAUUAAGUUUUUAACAUAAUUGUUAUUUAUAAAACUCGAUUUCAUCUAGCGACUUUGA